UCAUAAAAAGGAGGGGUUGGGGCAGAGCCAGAGGAGAUGCCAGCAGAUAAUCCAGUUGAAGGAGAAGGAGCUGCAGGAGCUGAGGAAGGCUGUGGAGACUCUCAAGUCUGGUGCACAGACAGCAGUGAAGGAGAGUGAGAGGAUGUUUACCGAGAUGAUCCGCUCCAUUGAGAGAAGGUGCUCUGAGGUGACAGAGCUGAUCAGAGCUCAGGAGAAGGCUGAGGUGAGUCGAGCUGAAGGACUCCUGAAGCGACUGGAGCAGGAGAUUGCUGAGUUGAAGAGGAGAGAUGCUGAGAUGAAGCAGCUUUCACUGACACAGGAUCCUUUCCAUUUCCUCAAGAACAUUGUGUCCAUCACUGGGAGGCCUUACAGCACAACUUCAACCAGCGUGACCUUCAGCCAAAGCUUCUCCUUGGAGCCCCUGAAGAAAUCUGUGUCUGCACUGAAGAUGCAGCUGGAGGAGAAAUUGAAUUCAGUCUUCAAGCAGGAAAUAGUUAAGAUAUCUGCAGCAGCUGUGGCACACAUGCAGAUCAUUCAGAGCACACACGAUACUGAUCCUGAACUCCCAGUCAGAAGAGCAGACUGCAAGGAGGGCCUACAUCCAACCAUGUCUGAUGGCCAGGCUCUUAUUGCUGAACCAGUGACCAGAGAGGACUUCUUACAGUAUUCCUGUCACUUCACUCUGGAUCCAAACACAGCACACAGAGACCUCCAUCUGUCUGAGGGGAACAGGAGGGUGGAGUGGAGACCUGGGGCCCAGUCAUAUCCUGAUCAUCCAGACAGAUUUGAUGUGUAUCAGGUGCUGUGUAGAGAGGGUGUGUCUGCACGCUGCUACUGGGAGGUUGAGAGGAGUGGAGCGGUUAAUAUAGCAGUGUCAUAUAAAAGCAUCAGCAGGAAAGGAGUGGGUAAUGAGUGUGUGUUUGGACGUAAUGAUCAGUCAUGGAGGCUGCGUCUCACCAGCUCCAGCUCCUCUUUCAGCCACAAUAGUAAACAGACUAAACUCCCUCUAGUGGCCAGCUCCAGAAUAGGAGUGUAUGUGGAUCACAGGGCAGGAACUCUGGCCUUCUACAGCAUCUCUGGAGACACAAUGACCCUCCUGCACAGAGUCCACACCACAUUCACACACACACUCUACCCUGGGUUU